AACACCAAGGAAAACAUCUUGAAACCCCAUCCUGGAUAACUGAAACUUUCUCUUAGCAACUGCAGCGGCUGUUUAGUGAAGGUGCAAGGGAGAAAGGUGUUCUUCAAAGCCUUUGCACAUCUCUUUGAGAUGGUUUUGAUCUAUGAGUCUUCUGAAAGCUGAAAUCUUUUGUCAGAUAAUAGUUUUGGAAGGCCAGGAAACAAAACUUCCAGCCAUCAGAAACUGCAAAGCUGAAACUGUAUGGGAGGAAACAGCUCUAAGGACCAGGGGGAGAAAAGUCCAAUGCUGCUGAAAAGAAGUCAGAAAUUGCCUCCGUGGGAAGAGGCUCUUCUCCCUGGAAAAGACCCAAGAGCUUUAUUGAAGCGUGGACUACAGUAUGUCAAUUUGACCCUCAUCAUGAAGGGAAUGACAAGAGUGCCUGAUUUUUUAUGGGGACUUCCAGAAGUCCAGAAAUUAAACCUCUCACACAACCAGUUGGUGACCCUUCCUUCAGCUCUGGGAAAACUUGACAGACUGGCCGUGCUGAAUCUGUGUGGAAAUCGUUUGAGGUCUCUGCCUAAGGAGAUUGGACUGCUCAGGCACCUGAAGGUUUUAUUUGUCAACAUGAAUUGCUUGACUGAGAUACCAGCAGAGCUUGGACACUGCAGGAAGUUGGAAGUGUUGAGCUUCUCGCACAACCGCAUCUCCCAUCUCCCUUCCAGCAUCACAGAACUCAUGAGCCUAAGAAAACUUAAUCUUAGCAACAAUCAAUUCAUUUACAUUCCCCUGAGUGUUUUUGCAUUGAGAAAUUUAGAUUUUUUACAUGUGGGCUGCAACAAACUUGAAAACAUUGGAGAGAGUAUCCAAUUUUUAGUGAACUUGCAGAUUUUGAUUGCUGACUAUAAUCACCUUCGUGCUUUGCCAAGAGCUAUCUGCUCUGUCAUUUCUCUUGAACUUCUAAACGUUGAUUACAAUUCUAUUCAAAGUCUUCCAGAUGAACUUUACCAGCUUCAGCGACUGCCUAAAAUUGCUUGGAAUCCAGUGGAUAAAGGUCUUCAUAUUUCACACAACCCUUUGUCCAAACCUCUGCCAGAGAUGGUAGAGGGAGGACUGAGUGCACUCUUCAGCUACCUAAAAGAUAGAAACGAGCAUCUCUAAACUUUCAAUAUAUCUGCAAAAGACCCUGCAGCUCUGCCUCCAUCAUGCCACUGAAAUUUUCUGAUCAGUGGUUUUCACACUGCAAAAAUGAGGAUUUUGAAGAUUAAAGACAAUUACAAUAAGCUUUUCUGAAAGCAAGUACAUUGACUUGGUAUUAAGUAUGCAUUGAAAUAAUUUCUCAAGAAAUGUAUGUGUCAGGAAUGUUGAAAGUAUCUUUUUUGGGAGAAAGCACUGAUUAAAUAUUUAUUUGUAUUUAGUUGUAAGCAGAUUAAUGUAGGGCCAAUAACCCUUUUCAGGAUAGCCUUUUCUAUGUGUCAGACUGCAAUAAUAUAUAUUGAACUUACUAUGUGUGUUAUGAAUGUACUUUGUGAUGUUUCUGAAACUUUUAAUUCCGGUUAACUAUUUUGUACCAAGAGCAAUCGCUACUAAAAAUGUUAACAAGAAACUGAAGUGGUUUUCUAGGAAGAAGGAAUGUUCUAGUCACAAAUGUAUUUAUUUGAUGACAUGUUUUGUAUUGGAUACUAGGUAUUACAUUAUACAUUAAUCAAUACAAUUAAUUUUCCAAUAUUUGUGAUCUCAGAAAUGCAAGCUAUCUAAACAUUACAUAAUAGCAGGAAUUAAUGAGUAAAGUUUACAGCCACUGAGGGUAGUCUUCCAAAUGUGCAUAAUAAAGACUAGUAAAUAUUCUGAAACAUACACGCCUAGUAUUGCAAAACCUUGAGAAAAAAAGUUAGCUCAGAGAUUUGGCCACUAAUAGGUGACAUUCACACUUGGUUAUUUGAGAAGUGAGGUCAUUCUUCAAUAACAAGUGUAUGAUAAUGAUGCAGAUAAUGUUACUAUUGGAACAACUGCGCUCCUUUCACAUAACCGCCCCACACUUCUCUACAAUUUGAACUGCAUGAUGCAUUAACAGAGGAUCAAGGACACAAGCCCUACUUUGCAC